AUGUCUGCAAAGGCGAGGCUGGGGGCAGCGGCGGCAUUCUGGGGCCCCCUGAGGGGCUGCCUGCUCCUCGCGCUCCUGCUCCAGCUGCCAGGAGCAAGGGCCCUUUGCUACUUCCAUGCGCAAGCCCUGGGUGUCCCUUGCCACCCUACAAGCCUGAGAGGCAGGAGGAGACUGGCAGUGGCCCAAGAGCAGCCAGGGGCUCCCCGCUUGGCAGAAUGCAGCUGGCAGAGCCGAGGGCCAGAUCCUGCGCCAGCCCUCCUCCCUGACCGCCCUCCCUCCUUCCUUCCAGCCCCCUGCCUCUACAAGGAAAAGCACUUUGGCCCCGGAGACUCCUGGCAGGAUGCCAACUGCUCCAAGUGCUUCUGCCUGGACCCCCUUGGCGUGGGCUGCUGCGACAUGAUGCAGCCUCCGGUCGACUUCCCCGCCUGGUGCGAAGCGCGCUACGACUCCCGGGCCUGCAAGAUCUCGCUGGUGCAGAAAGGCCGGCCGAGGCUGCCCUGCGUGAACAACCUGGAGCCCGGAUGGGGGUCCGGCCAGGCCCCUGAGCAGCAGCCCGGCAGCCGAGGGGGGGCCAAGGCCCGGCUGGGGAGGAAGAGCCUGGAAGCGAAGCGCUGAGGGGGGGGGCAGAAGCAGCGCCAGAGGCACCCAGAAAGAAAGAAAGAAAGAAAGAAAGAAAGAAAGA